UCGGUUCGAACUCAACGCGCCAAGUCGAAAAGUUUUAAGUCGCGGCAAUUGCGUGACGCGAGCGAAUAAAUUCGAAGUCAAAAGCCGACGAAGCCGAAAUUGCAGUCGCUGUCGCUGUCGCUGUCGUCGUCGUUCGCAGUCGAAACACGAAUCGUCAAGUUGCGGUCAAACUGUGCGUGAAAUUGAGAUUUUAGCAAGAGACAGCAAGUUAGCGAAAGAGAGAAAGAGAGAGACACAUUAUAAACAAGGAGUUUAACUUGAUCUUCUUUUGCCGCACGCGUUUCUAUCAAGGAGAUGCCAUAAUGGAGCCAAUGACCAUGUUGGUGUUGGCCUUCCAGCUGCUGGCGCUCUUCUCGAUCGCCGGUGCGCUGUUGAUCUAUCUGAUAUGCAAGGUGCGGGAGGAGAGUCAGGCGUGCAAUGCGGAGCAGCAGCCGAGCCGUGUGGUGUUGGUCACCAGUGCGGAUACAGCGCUGGGAUUGCAACUGUGCACGUAUCUGGCGAAUAAGGGAUGUCGGGUGUUUGCCGGAAUGAAGGAGGCGAGAGAUUCGUUGCCGGCGAAAUUGCUUUGUGGCUGGAUGAAGAUACGGGAAUAUAGCGAGGAGCCGAUUAGUGGCACCAUCAUUCCAAUGCGACUAGAUGUCACACGCGAAGAUGUGUUGCGUGAGGCAACCAUCGCCAUGGGCGCCCAUCUGAAUGCCAAUGAACGUGGCAUUGCCGCCGUCAUCAACACGAGCGGAAGUGUCUAUCGCGGUCGUGUCGAGUCACAGGAUGUCCAACAAUGGGAGCACAUGCUCAAGACCAACAUUCUGGGUACACUGCGUGUGGCAAAAGCAUUUGUCGGUUUCCUUCGUCCCACACGCGGUCGUCUUCUUUAUCUGGGCGGCAGCACAGCAGGUGCAAGUAUGGGAGGCGAUGGUUUGGUCGCCUUCAAUGCAUCCCGUGUGGCCGUCGAGAAGUGUGCCGAGGAGUUGCGCAAGGAGCUGCAACCCUAUGGUGUCAACAUUGUGGCACUUGACACAUGUGGCAUGACCGUCGAGUCGCUUUACAAGGCGCCAGUUGCUCAGACCAUCUCACAGUGUCCCGGUGCUCCCACCCAGUAUACGGCGGAUGUGCUUAGUGCCAGUGCCCUGCAGGUGAUCGAGCGGGCGCUCUGGGAUUAUACGCCGCAGCAGCGCUACACGUUGCUCUCCCACAACAAGUAUCAAUUCACGUUGCCAUGCCGCUCCUCGUUGCGCCUCCAUCGACCCAGCGAGGCUGCCACGCAGUCCGUCUAAAGUGGAAGCCGGAACUGGAGCUGGCAAACAAUUGAUUGAAGCUACUAUUUGCGUGUCUUUUACAAUAAUUUCUGUACAUAUGUAACUCAAGCACAAUCUACGUCUCUUUCUCUAUCUUAACUGUAUUUGUAACCGUAUCCGAGUCUGGAUCUAUGUAUUCGUAUCUGUAUCUUUAACUCUUCGAUCUACUUACAUUUUUUUAUCAACAUUUUUUUUGCUGAUUAUUAUGAUUAUGAUUACGUUUUUUUUAUAAAGACAAGUUUACAUUAUGCUGCAUUUUAUUUGUAGACCUGUUGUAGACGCUGCCUGGUUCGGGAUUUGGCGGCAACCAUUGCGUAUACAUAAUGUUACGAUUUAUACACAAUAAAUAAUAUACAAACA